AUGAAGUGUAAAACUAAUGACAGCUGGGAGAUUACUCAGCCGGAAAGCAAACUGUCGGACAUGAAGGCCCGUCGAGCGUUGGGCCUGGCGCUCGUCAAUUGGUUGCCGAGACGUGGAGCCUUGCUCUCUAAUUGCAUCAUGAUGGCGGGCGAUAAUCGCCUCUCUGUGCGGGCGAUAGGGGAAGGCCGCCGUGUUCGGUUCUCUUAUUGGCUGGUUGGAUCGGAGAUGUACGGCGACAUGGUGCCAAAGACCAUCGUGGGGAAAGUGUUCGGCUCCAUAUGUUCCCUGAGCGGGGUACUGGUCAUCGCCUUGCCGGUUCCCGUCAUCGUGUCAAACUUCAGCCGCAUUUACCACCAAAGCCAGAGGGCGGAGAAGCGACGAGCCCAGAGGAAAUCUCGGCUCGCUAGAAUCCGUGCAACGAAGAUUCGGGGCACUAGUUCCUAUAUGCGCUACAAACAAAAUGGGCUCCUGAUCGACUCGCUGAAGGAGGCCUCCAAGGUGGCAGGACAAGCCCUGGUGGGGAAGACCUCCAGCCCUCCGUUUGAGAGCCAGCAUCAUCAUCUACUGCACUGCCUGGAGAAGACCACGAAUCAUGAGUUUGUGGACGAGCAGACCUUCCAGGCCAACUGCAUGGAGAUCUCGGUGAUGAAAAAGUCCAGCUCCCGCAGUUCCUCGCUGUCGUCCUCGCCGCACGGCUUCAGCUCGUGCUGCUCUCGGCGCCACAGGAAGAAGAACAGCUUCAGCCUGCCCAGCACCAACAACCAGGAGCUGAGCACCAUCCAGAUCCGAGAGAGGCCCGUGGCCAACAGUCGCUCCAACCUGAACGCCAAACUGGACGAGACGGUGCCGCUGAAACGCGACCAGGUGUACAUCAGCCCCUCCAUGGUCAGCCUGGCCGCCCCGGUGGUGACGUCGUCGGACGGCGACGGCUCGUCCAGCACCGCCUCGGCGUACUCUCAAAGCAACAUUGUGCGAGUAUCCGCCUUGUAGACGCGGGAAGGGAAGGAGGGUGGGAGGGGGCCUCGCCGAGCAUGAACCCGCCGAAACGUGGAGGGAUUUUUUUUCUUCUUUUUAUCCCAAACGGUGAGCUCAUCUGAUGUCAAACUCUGCAUGUUUUGUUUUUUUUCAAGAGGGGACGGUGGAGGCCUCCUCCGGGGGGGGGAUAGCGACCAGCACAUCUUGUUCCAUGAGGAAAGCACAGCGAGCGGAAGUGUUGGGAGGGAAUCAUCGUUGCCUAAACAUACUGAGAAACACUUUAUUUUUCAAGAUAGUCGUCAAAGUCGGAAAGGAGCGCUUCUUGUCUGUUUUUUUGUCCUGGACGAUGACCAAGCACACACCUUCAUUCCCCACGGACGCCAUUGUUGUUGUGAAUAUUCCGUCCGGUCCGCUUCUGCAUUCGAUUAUUUUAGAUAUUUUUUUUUUUUUUUUUUUUUCCCUCCCCCCGCCGUACUCUUGUAAAUGGGACAACUCCACGUUCAUCCCGGAGCGGGAAAGAACGGACGUGAAACGUCGGCUCGUUUUGACGAAUACGUGACGCAUCGUGACAUUCUGUUUGUGAAAUGUGCAAGUAAAAGUGAAAGUCCGAAUGAAAGAAAAAAAAAAAAAAAAAAAAAAAAAAAAAAGGUUACAUGUUUGACAUGUAUGGAAGACAUUCCGGUGGAACCUCCAAAGUCAAACGGUGUUGGCCGCUAGGAACUUUCCAAACGGGGUCCCCAUCAAGUCAUAAAAAUGGGGUCCCACUUUUUUGAAAACAAAUGAUAAAUGUAUGCAUUAUCCUGUUAUACACUAUAUUGCCAAAAGUAUUUGGCCACCUGCCUUGACUCACAUAUGAACUUGAAGUGCCAUCCCAUUCCUAACCCAUAGGGUUCGAUAUGACGUCGGUCCACCUUUUUGCAGCUAUUACAGCUUCAACUCGUCUGGGAAGGCUGUCCACAAGGUUGCGGAGUGUGUUUAUAAGGAAUUUUCCACCGUUCUUCCAAUAGCGCAUUGGUGAGGUCACACAUUGAUGUUGGUGGAGAAGGCCUGGCUCUCAGUCUCCGUUCUAAUUCAUCCAGAAGGUGUUCUAUCAGGUUCAGGUCAGGACUCUGUGCAGGCCAGUCAAGUUCAUCCACACCAGACUCUGUCAUCCAUGUCUUUAUGGACCUUGCUUUGUCCAAAAAUGUUUUUGGUAUCCUGGAGCAUUCAAAGUUCCUUUCACUGGAACUAAAGGGGCCGAGCCCAACUCCUGGAAAAACAACCCCACACCAUAAUUCCUCCUCCACCAAAUUUCACACUCGGUACAAUGCAGUCCGAAAUGUACCGUUCUCCUGGCAACCUCCGAACCCAGACUCGUCUUUCUUUCUUAGGAGUAUUUAGGAGCGAGGAAAUUUCACGACUGGAUUUGUUGCACAGGUGGCAUCCUGUGACAGUUCCACGCUGGAAGUCACUGAUGACGGCCCAUUCUUUCACAAAUGUUUGUAGAAACAGUCUCCAUGCCUAAGUGAUUAGGACACCUGAUUCUCAUCAUGUGGAUGGGUGGCCAAAUACUUUUGGCAAUAUAGUGUAUCUCAAAUUCUAUAUUGUGUUUUGGAAAAAGGUUUUCAUAAACGUUACUUAAUUCAUUAAAAAUAUAUAUUUUUUAUGUAUAUGUAAAUGUAUUCAGUUAUAAACAUUCAUUCACUUUCUUCUUUCCUUCAUGGAGCUAAACUUUACCGCUGCCGGUAGUUUUUUUCUAUAUUUUCAUUUAAUGAGUUGUAGGUAUAUUUGUUUCAGUACAAAAGUGUAAAAAAGUGUUUGGAAUGAUGAUAAUGGUGUGCCAGGGCACGACUUCUCUGGCAGAUUGAUGAACCCUCUCGGUUUGAUAAUCGGCAGAAGAUCACAGUCGGCUCGUCCCCCGCAAACCUCCUUAGCUAUAAACUUUACAUCCUAUGGAGGGUAUCAAUGAUGGUCUUCUGGACAGUUGUCAAGUCUUCCCCAUAUUCAUCCUAACUGAGACAAUUGAAGCAAUUUAAUGACAACCCGAUUUUAGUAGACGAGUAUAGUGCGACACUCUCUUUCAAACAUUCAUGCCCAGUCAAUUUCU